UCCUCGCAUUGUGAGCUUGGGCUGCCUGUGCUCUAUGAAGCUUUUCCGUAGGCUAAAGUCAUCGAUAAGUUAUGCGAGACGUUGGCGACUUGCGUGCGACUGUUAUGGUUUGUCGCUGAAACCAUGGCAACAACGUGACAAUGAUGACGGCUUCGUUGCCAAGCUGGCUCGCAGACAGGAAAAAGCUAGCUAUCGACAAAAGCUUUUAUAACUCACAAUUUGUUUUCCUUUUGAAAAGGAAAGCUAUUCAGUUGUCAAGAAGUAAUCGACUUCACUCUGCAUUGUCGUAUUAAAUAUUUGUCCACGAUGGACUCCCUUAUCUUUCGAGAUCCUCUGAGUCAGUAUCGUGUUAUAGGUUUCCACAAGAAAAUUGUUAUAAGCAUUUCCAGCUAUAGUUUUGAAUGCGCUACUUAACUGCAUGCUUAGAAGCGCGCUGUUACGACAUAUGUUUCGGUGUCAUGCAAAUUUUCAUUUGAAUCGAAGAAAACUAAGAAAAUACAAAAUAACAAUGAUGUGGUUAAAAUUACGAACAUUAAGAAAGAUCGGGAACAUUUAAGGAACAACUUCAAAUAUUGUCAAAUGCGCGUACCUCGUGACGUGUCUGUUUUUGUGGUAUAGGUAAAAAAGAAAUAAUAAACAGGGUUGGUCAAUUAGCAACCGACAAAUAAUAUUCAUCUGGUUUUCACCUGGUUAUCUGUUGUCAUUCUCUAAGGGGCUAUUCGUGAUCAUUGACGGCUUGCUUGAUAAUGGGAUGUUCUUCGUCGAUGCAAAAUAGAAUGAAACUCCAGAGACCUGAUAUAUCGAACAAUCUCACCGACGAUCAGAAAAAUGUCAUCAAGAAGACUUGGAUAACGAUCGAGGAAAACCGCACAAAAAUUGGAAAACAAACCUUUAUCAGAGUUUUCGAAUUAAACCCUCAGAUAAAGAAGAUGAUGCCUGAAUUUAUGACGGCUGAUCCGAUAGAGGAACUAAAUUCAUCCAGAAAACUCUUCGGACACAGUAAAACCCUGAUGACUUGCCUGGAAAAUGCCGUGAAGUCACUCGACGAUAAUGAACGUUUUGUUGCUUACCUUGUUGAACUUGGUAGAAGGCAUCAGGUCCGUCCACUUAAAGCUCCGUAUUUUGAAGUGAUACACGAAGCCCUCAUGUUUUCCUUAAAGGACGUUUUCCAGUCGGACUGGACUACAGAAACAUCGGAAUCGUGGAGCGCGUUAUUUCGAUACAUGUCCGAAGCAAUGAUCAUAGGACUUAAUGACACUUAGAUCGCCCUUCCACGUGUAUCAAUGUUGAAUCAGAUACGAACAAGACUGAAUUUUGAUGUUUUUUUAUAGCGUUUAAGCAGAAUUUUGAAAAUACCCUCCUUAGACGAAGUCGAAUGUUUCACCUUAUAUUUCCAUGGUGUGGCGACUGUUUGGGCCACCGGACCGUAGUCAAUGAGCACGAUAAUCGGUCUUGUUCGACCGCUUUCUUUACUUGUUUACAUUUCUUGUUCGUGAGUUUACAACAAUACUUAGUCUCAUAGCGGACACUUCAUGUCACGUGGCUGGCUGUUAUAGGCAUAAUUCUAUAAUCAUAUAAUGUUUCUGUGUAAAUAAAAUCCCUUCUCAACGGCGAACAUUGCUGAGACACUACCGAUGAAAGGAAAAUUCUACUCAAAAGUACCAUUCGAAGCUGAGUGCCCCUAUUUAUUUGUAUAUAUUUAUCAGCGCGGUAACAUCAGCGUGAUGUGAUUUCAAGAGCAGGCUAUUUUUAUUGGAAUGCAAUCUGACUAAAAUGUUCAGCAGAGAAGGGAUUGUAAAUAUCUGAUAAUACUUGCUGCAAUAAAGCACUACUUUUUCCAGUUGUGAUUUGAUAAAGUUUGGUGUAAUGAAGUUUGCUUCUAUGAACCAUUAUUCGAGAACCUUUGGAUUGCGGCAUAUAAGGCUUCUAAUCAGCUACUUUUUCAGUUUUGAAACGCUGCACUAUUUCGAAUCUUUUACAGUUUCUUCGCGAUUCUUCGCCGAAACGUAACGCCAAACGUUCGCGAUUUUUCACCGAAGUCGUAUUGAUAUGGAUCAUUACCUGUCGAAUUCGAAAUUGAAGACAGCGACAAAAGCAGCUUUAUCGACGGUUACUGACUUCUCUUCACUCCGAAAUAUUCUCUUUUUUUUUCUUCCUUUGUAAUUUGUUAUCCUUUUCUCUCUUUCCAAAAAAGUGCCUGAAGUCCAGCCAGAUCGCUCUUUUUCCUUUCUUCAAUCAAGAAUUAACAUUGCGUUACUAAGUAGGUGACUGCGCAGGCCCAUGAAUUUUGUCACGUUCAGAUUUAAGUCUCGCAACAUAUCAGAAUCAGAAUUUGAUCCAGUCGUUUUCUCUCUCGUUUGUUUGGUUAUGUAAGAAAUGCUUCAAGAGUAACCCAGAACAAGGUACGACAAACAGGCUUUACUAUCGCUCUUACUCUUGAUCUUUGAGAUCUGCCGACCAGUGAACUGUUAGAUCAGCCGAGGUCUUUCACAAAAACCUGUGGUGACAGGGCAUCUAGUGUAUGUGCCCCAAGAUAAUGGAACAAUCUGCCACUUGCCUUGCGCAAGUCGAAGUCUGAUCGAGAGCUUCAAAAGGGGCCUUCAAACAUACCUCUCUAAACUAUUUGUAGAGAGCUACUCACUGUUUUUGUAGACAUUGUUAACAUUUUCGAACUGUACUUAGUUUUCAAACCUUGUUCUUUUUGUAUGUACAUGUCAUUACUGAUUCUAUAGUUUAAUGCAAUUCUAGCUUUGUAAAGCGCCAUGUAGGUAGGAAUAGCGCUUUGCAAACGAAGUUAUUAUU